AUGGAAUCGGCUUCUUUGUCUGAUGACGAGAGAGCAGCUCUUUUCGAGAAGGAAAACUCCAUGGUUGUUGAAGACAAACUUGUCGCUGACACCGAAGACAAGAAGAAUGCCCUUGAAGAGUACAUCUACGAAUUGAGAGGUAAGUUGGACGACCAGUACAAGGAUUUUGCCAGCGACCAAGAGAAGGAGAAAUUGACCGGCAUGUUGAUGAAGGCUGAAGACUGGUUAUACGACGAGGGAGAUGACUCCACCAAGGCCAAGUACGUUGCCAAGUACGAGGAAUUGGCCUCGCUCGGAAACUUGAUCCGUGGUAGAUACUUGGCUAAUGAAGAGGAAAAGAAGCAAGCUUUGAGACAGAAGCAAGAACAAGCCCAGGCGGCUGCCAUGGCCGAGAAGCUCGCUGCUGCUAGAAAGGGAGGUGAACCAGAGAAGAAGGAAACCAAGGAGAGCGAUGAUGCUGAUGGUGAUAUUAAGAUGGAUUAG